AUGGCACGUUUGAACCCUGGAAGCGGGGAGGAAAGAGGAGAAGAAGCGGUCGCAGUGGAUGAUGCGAUUCUCCGCACUUUAUCGUUAUCGGGACAAAGCGUGACCGCCUUAGGCACAACCGAGGUCGAUCUUUCUAUGGUCAAGAGCCAAGUAUCCAAGCAGUUCUUAUAUACUAGUAUGACACAAUUUGUGACUCUAUGA